AUGAGAAAUCGAACAGCAAUAACAACAUUCAUCCUUCUGGGACUGACAGAAGAUCCUCAGGUACAAGUUUUGGUUUUUACAUUUUUGCUUAUCACCUAUAUAUUGAGUCUAACUGGAAAUUUGGCCAUCAUUACCCUCACCAUGGUGGAUAUUAACCUUAAAUCACCAAUGUAUUUUUUCCUCCAAAAUUUCUCUUUCCUAGAAAUAUUCUUUACCACUUCCUGUGUUCCAAGAUACUUGUACAGUAUAUCAAUGCAUGACAAAACAAUUACCUAUAAUGCAUGUGCUGUUCAACUCUUUUUCAUAGAUCUCUUUGCAGUAACUGAUUUUUUUCUUUUGGCCACCAUGUCCUAUGAUCGUUACGUAGCCAUCUGCAAACCCUUGCAUUAUAUGACAAUCAUGAACAGCAAAGUAUGCAAAGUAAUGGUUAUGUGUUGUUGGUUGGCAGCACUUGUGAUUAUCCUCCCACCACUUAGUUUAGUUUAUAAUCUGGAAUUCUGUGACUCUAACGUCAUUGAUCAUUUUGUCUGUGAUGUACCACCUAUGCUGAAAAUCUCUUGCUCAGAAACACAGUUAAUUGAGCAGAUGGUGAUGGUCUGUGCUGUAUUGGCCUUUGUUAUCACUUUUUUAUGUAUUGUUCUCUCCUACAUAUAUAUUAUUAGGACAAUUCUAAAAUUCCCUUCUGUCCAACAAAGAAAAAAGGCCUUUUCUACUUGUUCUUCCCACAUGAUUGUAGUUUCCAUUUCCUAUGGGAGCUGCAUCUUCAUCUAUCUCAAACCUUCUGUGAAAGAAGAGGUCAAGAUUAAUAAAGGUGUAUCAGUGCUCAUUUCAUCCAUAUCACCAGUGUUGAAUCCCUUCAUAUAUAGCUUGAGGAAUAAGCAAGUUAAGCAAGCUUUUAAGGACUCACUCAAAAAAAUUUCACUCCUCUCAAAAAAGUAA